AUGAAGACAUUAAUGAACAUGAUGAUGUCUCAAAUUAGCAAUUUGCAAUCUCAAGUGGAGAAUCUACAAGCCCAAAAUCAAGGAGGAGGCACUCAAGGGUCUACACAAGCCUCAUCUUCUAGUGGUAGACUUCCGGCUAACACCGAAAAUCCUAGAAAUCAUGUCAACGCCAUCACAACUAGAAGUGAAAAAUCUUUGAAAGAUCCACCUUUUCCAUCUAAUGAUCUUACAUUUGAAGAAGAUGUUGAGAAAGAUGAAGAUGAAGAAAGGCCAAAUGAAGAGGAAAUUGAAAAAAUUCUUGAAAGUGAAAAUGAUGAUGAGCCUCUAAUUCAAAGAAACAAGUCAAAGGGGAAGGAACCAAUUCAAGAAGGAAACAACUCAAGUAAGAAGAAUGUGAACAAGGGCAAGCAAAUAGAUGACUCGGUGAUUCCUUGCAACUUGUUGCCAUUUCCAACAAAGGUUGUGGAAAACAAAAGAAAUCAAGAGAGAAAACAAGUUUAA